UUGUUUACAUACAGAACCAUUUUUUUUGCAGGUAGGCUUACAAUUUGGACACAGAACAUCAUAACAUUAAUUUGUGAGGACACAACAGACAAAAAAUGUCCCAACAAUCUUGAGAAGAUGCCGUGGUUAGAGUACCGUGAACCUGGCUAUUCCUGUGUUUGUCAUCAUUGCUCCUCAUGUCUUUUAAAUGACAGAUCAUAUGUGAUUAGAAAUUUAAAAGACAAUGUGUCAUAUUUCCUCUUUUCCCACAUCUGGGACAAAGUUGAUACUCCCAAGAGCUUUGAAGACUUUCACCAGCAGUAUCCAACAGGAAACACUGGCAGUUUAUCUUGGUUUAAUCGCAUCGAGAGAGGGCAGUACAACAUCCUUUUCCUGACACAUGAGGACAUGGUCAUCACGUUCAGGACAGCAGUGGAGAAAUUCGGCAUGUUCUUGGGAAAAAAUCUGGAUGAUAAUGCUGUCGCACGUAUUGUGGAGAUGGCCACUUUUAAAAACAUGAAGCAGGACCCAAAGGCAAACUAUGAAUUCAUCCCACAAGAUCUAUUACUUAAGCCCCAAAUCAUGCACAAAGGUACUGUUGGAGAUUGGAAGAACACAUUCACUGUGGCACAAAAGGAGAUGUGUGACCAGAUCUUCAAAGAAAGGAUGGAAAUGCGCUUCAUCUGGGACUUGAACACCAAGACAAAGCAAAACUAG